AUGCAGAUUCUGAUCACUGCAUGGACCCUGGCUCUGCUGCUCCUGCUGCAGCAGCCCCUGCAAUUUAAAAGUUGGCAUUUCCAACUCGAGGAGUCAGAGGAAGAGAUAGAAUGGUUUGAAGGUUACUUGGUGGAAAUGCACAGUUCAGGACCUCCCAGACCUCUGACCAAAGAAGCUUUCCAAAGACAGAUGAUUAUCGAUCCUGAAAGACCACUAACUGAUUCUAACUACCGUACUGAUGGAAAAGAUGAAAAUGUCCAUGACAAGUUCUGUUGUGUCAGAGAAUAUUUCUUCCUUCGAAUAGCACAUGAGGACUUGCAAAAGAUCCGUAGCAACGUAUUUGUGCCUUGUAAGAAUGGAGUUAAGAAAUGUCACAGGAGCAGGCACCUAGUAGGAGUGUACUGUAAUUUAACAAGAGGAGCUAGAAUGACAGACUGUGAAUAUGACUCUUCUUAUAGGCAGGGCCAUAUCUUGAUCACUUGCCAAUGACAAAAUGAUAUUAAAAAAAUUGUUCCUGCUCAUAUAAGUAAUAUUAUGGUUUUAGAUGAUGAUACGCAGGAUUCCCACAUCUUUGCUUUGGAUUAG